UUUUUUUUUCUGUGUAAAAAUGACAGAUAAAUAUCAAUGUAAUAACGGAAGAAAAUCUUCAAGUGCAACCAUUGUCCCACCUCCAGAGAUUAAUAGCCAUAGUAACAACAAUCUAAAACUAUCAUUGCCUCCAUUAAAAAUCAACACAAACACAAACCCUACCUCUGUCACGUUGAAUCAUAUCACAACAUCUUGCAAACCCAUACAUUAUUUACAGAAAAUACUCGAAAGACUAAAAAAUAAACGAAGCACUGAAUUGUACAAGCAAGAGCAAACAACACAGAAUUCAUUUCAUGACCUGUCGCCUGGAUCAACAGCCAUUGAAGAUGAAGAAGGACAAUGCGAUCGGUAUUAUACAACUGCUAGUCCAAUCACUCCACAAAAGAGAACGCUAAAAGCAUGGACCACUGCUGUGCUAAUGAUCAUUAUUGGUAUCUUUAUUGGUGUCACAUUUGUGUUUAUGGGAUUAGGAAAAGCCAUGAUCUCUGAGGAAGAACAGACAACGAAUAGUUCAACAUCAACAACAUUGACAGCAUCAUCAAAGACGCUUGCUUCCGUUUCGGCAACGGCUACUGUCACUGUUACUAUUACGUCUUUAAUGACAUCAACUAUUUAUGCGGUGGAGACAUAAACAGAAUGUACAUAAUAAAAGAAAAGAAAAAACAUUACUUUUCUACCUUGUUUAGAGUUUACAAAAAAAAAAAAAA